AUGCUUAUAGCUCCGCCAUCGUCACCUCAAACACCCGAGAAAAAGUGUAGAUCUCCCAAGCGCAGCUUUGAGAAGUCUCCAUCACCUUCUCCGAUUUCCAAACUAAGUGCGGAAUCUUUUAGAUGCCUAGGCAUUUCAUUUCCCUUGGCAGAAGAGGAAAGGGAAGCCCGUUACAUUCCAUCUCCACCAAAAAGACAACGAAUGAUACGGAAUCUGGUAGAAAGAGAGACAGAUAACAAGCUUAACAAAACUGGGGACAAACUCAAAGCUCGUGAGAUUCUUUUAACGAGAAAAGAUACACGAAUUUUGGAGAAGAGAGGCAGACCAAAGUUAGCGAUAAGGAAAAAAGAAGGACUAGACGACAUUGCUGUCACUCCAUUGACAAGCCUUGCGGGCGAAACUUGUUGUGGAAUUGAGUCUGCUACGGAGAACAGAGGCAUGAAAGAAGUCGCUAGCAAGGGGGAGGUCACUGGUAAGGUGGAAGAGAAAUUGCUGUCUAGUUUGACUGAAGAAAGAAGGGAGGGAGAAGAAACAAAGGGUGACCUUCCGGUCCUCGUCAAACUUUGCGAGGGCUUGGAGGUGAAUCAAACAUACUCGAAGAUCAAACAAAUGAAAUCAAGCAGUGGCAUUGAUAAUCAUUCGACUACUCUUGAAAUAGACUUGUUUGGUAGGAAUGAAAACAUGGUUCGAGGCAUAAAAUUUCUUUCCCGAGCCCCAGAAAAGAAUAGGCCCGCCGCAAACAAAAAGAAAGAUUCGGAAACUUAUUUGAAAUUCCUCGAGCAAUUGUAUGGUCAGAAAGAAACAGGAACUAAGAAGGAGAUAGAAGAAUUAGCCCUCGUCAUUGAGAGCGUGAAACGUAUGCUUAUGAGCGGGAAAUUGGAAAGACAAUUGCAGAAGAUUGAUGACAGAAAGACGCGGGAUGAAAUGUAUCUCAAAGCCUUGGGUUUUUUGGAAGAAAAGACAGGAACAGGGCCUAACGAUAGAACCGAAGGCAUGGAGCUGUUAGUCGAGAUCUUCAAAUUUGUCCGAAGCGGUCAAUUGGCAAAGGACUUACAGGUAUUGGGAGGAAUUUUCGAAGCGUGUCGGAAAGGCGUGGAUCGGUUGAUUAAAGAGGCAGAAGCGGCCUGUGCGAGGAAGACUCAAGAAGAACAAUUUAGUUCGCGCACUUCAUCCAAGGUUUCUGCUUCUUCUGAAAAUGACUGCCAAAGUAUUGUACCUUUAGCAAAGGACUAUGAAGCUAUCACAACAAAUGAAAUACGAGACAAGGAUGUCGGAGGGGUAGAAUCAACAGGAAAAUUUUCUGAGAAGGCCUGUACAGAGCCAGUUUCGGAGGUUAUGAAGCCUCGAUGGAGAGAAGACUUCCCAUUACCUGCAGAUUACGACGAUGAAGCUGCUAUGUUGCAACAAGCUUUUAUUCAGUCAAACUAUGACGAGUUUAUAAGAUUGAAGGGCUGCCAUGGCACCUCUUGCUCAGCCGCGUCUGGAAACGAUAUCAUCAACAAAAAACCUAACGGCACCACCAUACAAAGCUUUGAGAAGGUGAACGAAGAAAACAUGGAGGACAUUAGCCCUGAGGACCAACAGGACGCUGAUGAUGAGACUUCUGAUACCACUGAGUCAGGAUCUGCCCACUACAGCGACUAUGGCAGUGAUGAAGAAACCGAAACCGAAAUCGACACAAGCAAAACAAGCGAAAUAGGAAAUUCGACUGAGAUUAAGGAUAUUUCAGUCGUAUCAAUUGAAUGCGUAAUGAAGGACCUUCUUAUUGACACUGCAGAGCAAUUGAAACAAGAUUUCACAAGUAAGUUUCAUAAGAAGUGUUGUGAAUCAAUUGGGAACGAGUCCGGCAAUUCUAUGGAUGAGAUGUUUAUCGCGACUACUGCAGCCGUGGUAAAAAGAGCGCUCAAAUUCUUGAAGUUGGACGCAUUUGGUGAGGCAUUGAAAAAAGCAACGGGAGAAGUAUUGGCAGAAGGCCAAGGAAGAGAGCGUCGCCGCUAUGUCACUUCAUCUGAAUCCACAACCUCUAUCGAACAAAACAUCUCUAAGAAGUGGGCUAUCGCCUAUCCAGAGACCGUUCCAAUGCGUUCCUUUGAACUCAUGCGAGCCAUCGAUAUCCUUAUCUCCCUUACAAGGUCUAGUCCCUACAACCACGCUGUCCUUGAAGAGACUCCUGAAUCUAUGUACGAUGCGUUAGUAGUCUAUAUACAAUACUACUUGGACACGUGCACCGACAGAAAGUGCAAAGAAAUUGUUGAGGGACAUUCUCUUGAUCAACAGAUUCAGUGGGUUAGAGAAAUGCACUCUUUUGCUCAUUGGUGGAAGGAGGUGUGUGAGGAAUUCAAAGGGUUCUGGGGAAAAGGAGUACUGAAUAAGGAGGUUCUCAAGAACUUUGACGCAAAUGGAGGAAAUUGGAAUGAGGAUGAGGCCGGAAGAGAUUGA